AGGAAUAAAGUGUUGUUUCUGGUUUGCAAGUCAUGAAUGAGAGGUUGUGAGUCAAUGAAGAAGCGCUUCUUUCAGUGAGAGAAGAAACAAAGACUGUGUUGCGCCAUUCUUUUUUUUGUGAUCGCUAUUCACACCUCCAUUGGCGGGAAAGAGAUAUUAUAUAGCAAUGGGAGUUUCAGAGAAUUACAAAGGGUUGAUACUUGCGGUUUGUUCAAGUGGAUUCAUUGGUGCUAGUUUCAUCUUGAAGAAGAAGGGUCUUAAACGUGCUGCUUCACGCGGUACUCGUGCAGGGGUUGGUGGUUAUACCUAUCUACUAGAGCCACUUUGGUGGGUUGGCAUGGUAACAAUGAUUACUGGGGAAGCUGCAAAUUUCGUGGCUUAUAUUUAUGCUCCAGCAGUUCUAGUUACUCCUCUUGGCGCGCUCAGCAUUAUUGUCAGUUCGGUUUUGGCCCACUUCUUGUUGAAGGAAAGGCUUCAGAAGAUGGGGGUGUUAGGAUGUUUGUCCUGCAUUGUGGGAUCAAUUGUUAUUGUCAUCCAUGCACCACAAGAACACACUCCAAAUUCUGUCCAAGAAAUAUGGGAAUUGGCCACUCAACCAGAAUUUAUGAUUUAUGCUGCCGCAACGGUUUCCGUAGUUUUGGCCUUGAUUUUAAAUUUUGAACCUCGUUAUGGACAGAAAAAUAUGCUGGUCUACUUGGGAAUCUGUUCAUUAAUGGGCUCACUUACGGUUAUGAGCAUUAAGGCCAUUGGAAUUGCAAUAAAGCUUACCCUCGAUGGAAUAAAUCAAAUAGCUUAUCCUCAGACUUGGUUUUUUGUUAUAGUGGCCACGAUAUGCGUCGUUACACAGUUGAAUUACCUUAACAAGGCCCUGGAUACAUUCGAUGCAACCAUUGUUACUCCUGUAUAUUAUGUGAUGUUCACAACUCUUACUAUUGUUGCCAGCGCAAUAAUGUUUAAGGAUUGGUCUGGUCAGGAUGUCAGCAGCAUAGCUUCUGAGAUAUGUGGAUUCAUCACCGUCCUUACGGGAACAAUAAUUUUGCAUGGGACUAAAGAACAAGAAGAAUCUACUAGGAAAGGGACCAUGUCAUGGUUUAUGAGUGAAGAUUCCACAAAGUGCGUUGAGGAUGAACACCUUAUUGUUAUAAAUGGUUCGGAUCGUCUUGAAAAUUGACGUUCCUUUUGGGUUGAUGGAAGAGAACAUAUUUUAUACGCAACAAUUCAAUGAAAUAUGCAUGCCUAUGGUCGUGAUGCGGUGCAUCGUUGCAGUGGGGAUUGCUUGUUUUUCAUGCUGGAGCUUGAAUUCAAGCCCUCCAUGGUACUAUAUAUAGUUUUUUUUAUCAUUCUUCACAGGCUGUUGUGAAUACGGCAAUUCUCUAGAGCCAUCUCAAAGUGCUGCUAACUAAUAGUGAUUUGAGGGCAUAAUCAUUUUCCAAUUGAACUGGGGUUGCUGUCUCAUUGCAACCAUUGAGAUUUUUGGACUGAUCUCGUUGUAUGUUAUGUUGUUCAGGGUAGUCGGUGUAAGUGUGUAACUUUUCUUUUUAAUAUUUCCGUAGAAAUUAAGCAAUUGUUUAUAUGGUUCAAUCUCUAUAUAUUUUCUCAUUUAAUAAUCAGAUAUCUUUUUGUUUCUUUGAUUGGAUGUGAUCAAUUACAUUGAUUUGUUGUCUCCCA